AUGCGCACGCAACAACCUCACGCCUCGCAGCGCGAUGUCCCCGCCGGCGACCUCCCGGACUGCGACGGGACGGCCGGCGCCUGCUUCCCCGGGCGCGGGCUGUGCUGCCCCGACGACCCGCUCGACCUCGUCCUCCAGCUCUUCCCCGCUCACACCGCCGCGGACCGAGCGCCGCCGUCGUCGCUGGCCGCGCUCGGCAUAGGCGGCGGCGGUGGAGAGCCGCCCCGUAGGGUUAAGCAGGAGCCGGAGCCGCCGCAGCCGCUGGCGGAGAGCGCGUAUGGCGGCGUCGGCGUCGGCGACGGGUGGGAUUCUUGGGGCUUGUCCAGCUUCCCUCUUGAGGGACUCUGCGGCCUCGAGGAAAUUGACGUGGACAUGUUCUUUGCUGACGACGCGCUGGACGGCGGCGGCGGCGGGGAAGCGACCGAAGGCAACUUGCUCUGCGACCCGACGGAAGCCAAGCCCAAGCCGCCGGCGCACAUCACAGCUGCUGGUGGUCCCGUUCACACGCGCGGCUCGUUGGGCGGCGCUGUCGUCCCCAAUGACGCGUCACCGUUGCCCGCGCCCAUGCCAGCUGGCGCUUCCCCCCUCCAAGCGUACGACGCGUGCCGUGCGUUCGAUGGCGCCGUUUUCAACAACGCGUCCGCGUCGCCGCCGCCGGCGACGACGGCGCCCGUGCAAGCGGGUGGUGCGCCGCCCGUCUUUGUCACCAACAACAGCACGCCGCCCGUCUUUGUCACCAACAACAGCACGCCGCCCGUCUUUGUCACCAACAGCAGCACGCCGCCAUUGCCGGCGCUCAUCAUGCCAGCUGCUCCCGCGCCCAUGCCGCCAGCUGCUGGUCUUCACGCGUGCGGCGCGUUGCCCGGCAUUGCCUCUAACUGCGCGCCUGCACCGCCGCCAUUGCCGGUUCCCAUGCCAGCUGCUGGUCUUCACGCGUGCGGCGCGUUGCCCGGCAUUGUCUCUAACAGCGCGCCUGCGCCGCCGCCACUGAUGGCGCUCCUGCCAGCACGUGCUCUCCACCCGAACGCCGCCGCGCUGGCCGGCGUUUACUCCAGCACCAACGCGCCGGCGCACGCCCCUCCGUCAGCCACGCCAUCGUCGUCGCCACCGUCCCGCGCGUCUUCCGGUUCGGGCCGCUGCCCGUCAUCAGCAACAUCGGAGCCCGAGUUCUUGCAACCCCAUCGUGCUUGGGUUGUGCCGAGGAAGCAGCGGAGCCCACCAGCAGUCAACCGCCGCAAGCGGCCCUGGGUGCUCGACUUCCCUCUCCAUGCCUUGCCGCCGGUCGCUCCUCCUCCUCCGGCCAACCCCGGCGCCGGCGGUGACGACGACGAUGCCAAGAACCGGUACGCCUUGGUGCCUGUCGUUCCUCCUCAUCCUCCGGGCAACACCGGCGGUGACGACAUUGCCGGUGGCGGGGGUAUCCGCCGGCGCCGCCCCGGGCCACGCCAGAGGAACAGGCAAGCGCAGAGGGUAUGCAGCCACUGCCACUCGCCGGAGACGCCGCAGUGGCGCGCAGGCCCGGACGGGCCGGGCACGCUGUGCAACGCGUGUGGGAUACGCUACGCGGCGAACAGGCUGCUGCCGGAGUACCGGCCGUCGACGGCUCCUAGCUUCCGGAGCGGGCAGCACUCCAAUCGCCACCGGAAGGUGAUGAAGCUCAGGGAGCAGCAGAUGAAGGCGGCGACGGAGGAGAAGCCGUCGGAACAACAGCCGAUGGAAGAUGAUCGUACGGAGAAAGAUGAUGAUGGGUUCAUGGGUGUGCGCGCGUACAUAUCAGCAGCAGGCUUGUGA